CGGGUGUCUGUGGUCAGAGGGUUGACUGCAGCUCGCGGUGGCUCCUCUCCGAGCCCAGGAAGCCACUCCAGUGCAGAGGGAGACGCCUGGGAGCGCUUGGAGUUUACGCGGACAGGAGGAGGGGGCGGUGGCGGAGUGAUCCGUAGAUUAAGGCCGGGACCGAGGGGCGGGGUUGGGGAUUUGAAUCGGGCGGCGGGCAGAGGCGGCGACGGCGCGGGCUGCGAGUCCGGGUGGGCCUCCAGGACCCCGGGCUCCAGGCUCGGAGAGCGGCUCCCGACUGCGGGUGCUUUGCCAGGAAAACUAUUCCAAACCGAGGAGCCGGGGUGUGGAAGGAGCGGCCAGCGCGACGCUCGCCUGCCACGGGGCUGUGGGAGUAAGCCUAGCUGCCUGGCGGGCCUCCAGGUGCGGCGUGAGAGAUGGAUGCCAAUUCAAAAGGCAAGCCCCCUGAAACCGAGGAGUCUGCAGUGAAUAGUGCUGGAAACACCUCUUUCAUUUUGGGACCUGGGAAUAUUGUGACUCCUCAGAAGCAUGGCGACUUACCUUCUAAUCCUUGCACACCAGAUACUUUUAAAUCGCCUUUGAACUUUUCCACAGUAACUGUAGAGCAAUUGGGAAUUACACCUGAAAGCUUUGUCAGGAAUUCUGCAGGAAAAUCAUCAUCAUCCUACCUUAAAAAAUCCAGACGACGUUCUGCAGUUGGGGCUCGGGGCUCUCCUGAAACAAACCAUCUGAUUCGUUUCAUCGCUCGUCAGCAAAAUAUGAAGAAUUCUAGGAAAUCUCCUUUGGCACAAGAUUGUCCUUCCCCGGGCAGCCCUGCGCUGUAUCGAAAUGUUAACUCUUUAAGAGAAAGAAUAUCUGCCUUCCAGUCAGCUUUUCACUCCAUAAAGGAAAAUGAGAAAAUGAAUAGCUGUCCGGAAUUCUCAGAGGCAGGAAGAGUGUCCGAGGUGACAGACUUGACCGUAAAGGCAGGUCUUAGCACAUGCCAGCAGUCUGGGUUCCCUGCAGUGUUGGCCUCCAAACGUCGGAGAAUAUCCUGUCAGAGGGACUCUGAUGAAAAUCUAAGGGAUGCUGAAGGAAAAGCAAUUGAUCUCCAGAUACUCAGUAUUGAUACAGACAGAGGAUGUGCAGUUGAAACUUCUGCAGAUCUUUCCGAGAAAUCAUCUAAACUUGGUUCAACACAGUCUGGAUUUUUCGUGGAAGACUCUCUUCCCCUUUCAGAGCUCCCAGAGAUUUCAAAUGCACUCAAGGUUGCUGACUGCGUAGUGGGCAAAGGAUCAAACAAUGCCGUUUCGCCUGACACGUUCACAGCAGAAGUGAGCUCAGACGCAAUCCCUGAUGUCAGGGCACCAGCUACUCCAGUGUGCAGGAAGGACCUUCCCUCCCAUGACACCUUUAUACUUCGUUCUGUUCUGAAGAAACCCUCUGUUCCGAUGUGUCUAGAGAGCUUACAGGAACACUGUAACAUCCUCUAUGGUGAUGAAGAUGGGACUCAUCCGAGCGUAACCCCAAGUCUCGAAAACUGCUGUAAAGAUAGAGAAGCGGAAGAUGAAGAAAAGUUGGAAGCACUGGCCUUUCUAAAUAUGAGGAAGAGGAAGAAAGUUACUUUUGGAGAGGAGCUAAGCCCGGAAGUGUUUGAUGAAUCUUUGCCAGCAAAUACUCCAUUGCGUAAAGGAGGAACACCUGUUUCUAGAAAGGACGUGCGUGGUCUCAGUUCCCUGCUGCUUGAGCAGUCACCAGCUCCUGAGCCGUUACCUCAGCCAGAUUUUGAUGACAAGGGGGAGAAUCUUGAAAACAUAGAACCACUUCAAGUAUCAUUUGCUGUUCUGAGUUCUCCUAAUAAGUCAUCAAUCUCUGAGACUCUUUCAGGCACUGAUACCUUUAGUUCUUCAAAUAACCAUGAGAAAAUAGCGUCUUCUAAAGUCAGUAGAAUAACAAGGACUUCUAACAGAAGAAACUUGGUCAGUUUUGUAGAAGAGAGUGUUUGCAACUUACUGAAUACAGAAGUUCAGCCUUGUAAAGAGAAGAAAAUUAAUAGGAGGAAGUCUCAAGAAACAAAGUGUACAAAGAGAGCACUUCCUAAGAAGAAUCAGGUUUUAAAAAGUUGCAGAAAGAAGAAAGGAAAGGGAAAGAAAAGUGUUCAGAAGUCUAUAUAUGGGGAAAGAGACUUUGCUUCUAAGAAGCCCCUCCUCAGUCCUAUUCCUGAGCUGCCUGAAGUCUCUGCGAUGACACCUUCAGUUCCAAGCGUCCGAAGACUAGGUUCAGGUUAUUUCAACUCAAAUGGCAAACUGGAAGAAGUGAAGGCUCCUAAAAAUCUGGUGAAAAGAAAGGAUCUUUUGCCUCAGGACCCAGAUUUGCAUAUGUGUCAAGGCUUUGAUAAAUAUGAAGCCUCUGUAUCCUCCUCUUAUGGAAGAAGUUCCUCAUCACUUGGUAAUACUGCUUCUGAUGAAGACCCAAAUACAAAUAUGAUGAACACUGAUGAAAAUAAAAAUAUUCCAAAAGCAAAAAAUAAGUCGGAAAGUGAAAAUGAACCCAAAGGUGGAGCUGAUGGUCCUGUUUGUUGUGCUUCUGUAACUGAAGAACGUGUGGCAUUACAGAGUCCCAAACCUGCUCUGAUCCUGCAGCAGGGUCAAGAAUUUGCUGCUGCUGGUCAAAAUGCAGAAACCCUUUGUCACAUCUUCCAAAUUUCACCAGAUCUAAACAUAAAGGGUGAAAGACAAGAUGACCUCUUAGUAGCUGCAGAAGGAAAACUGCAAUGUAAUCAUUUAAUGCCUAACUCACAAAUAGACUGUCAUUGUUUAGGAGAUGUCUUAAUUGAAAAUAAGAAAGAAUCUAAAAGCCAGAGUGAGGAUUUGGGAAGAAUACCCAUGGAAAGUAGCAGCGUUAUGAGCUGCAGAGACAGGAAACAUAGAAGACGCUCCAUGUGUUAUUCUGAUGGUCAUAGUUUACCUUUGGAAAAAAAUGGAAGUCACACACAUUCCUACAGUGUGGGCAGCUCUGUAGAAAUUAGUUUAGAAAAUUCUGAACUGUGUAAAGAUUUGUCUGACACCAUUGAGCAAACCUUUCCGAGGAGAAAUAGUGAAAUCAAAGUGCGCCGUAGCAUGAGGCUACAGAAAGAGUUGGAAGACGAAGGGCUUGUGUGGAUUUCACUUCGACUUCCUACCACUUCCCAAAAAGCUAAAAGAAGAACAAUAAGUACAUUUGACAGUAGUGGAUUUGACAGUAUGUGUCCCAGAAAGGAAACUGUGCCCUCCAGACAAAAACCGGGAAUGGCACCUCCCAUCUCAGAUCAAGAAAACAGCCAGGGCCCUGCUGCUGGUUCUUCUGAUGAACCUGGUAAGAGGAGGAAGAGCUUUUGUGUGUCUACACUCGCAAAUGCUAAAGCUGCUUCCCAGUCCAAAGGCUACCGGAGAAGAUCCUCUCUCAGUGGGAAGGGAGAGAGCUCUCUGACUGCCUUGGAAAGGAUUGAGCAUAGCGGAGAAAGAAAGCAGUAAUUGACAUUUCCUGCAAGAGGGAAAGUAUCCGUCUAUGCUGAAAUGAUCUGUCUAGUUCCCAUCCUCUGUUCAACCUCGGUGUUUCAGAAGUUCCUAGUAAAUAAACUCAUUUGAGUUGAACCUACUUUUAAGUAGAAAUAAAUAAACUUUUUCAUCA